ACACACACACACUCAAUCAAACAAACACAAGAAUUCACUCACUUUUAGUAAUGAAAAUUCCAUGGGUCAAUUUUCACCACCCAAAAAAGUAGUUGGAUUUUGGCAACUCCAUCUGCUCCUGCUGUUGCCAUUUCUGUGAUCGGGAAGGAGAUAAAGAAUGGUGAGAGGCAAAACUCAAUUGAGAAGAAUAGAGAAUGCUGCAAGUAGGCAAGUCACCUUCUCGAAGCGCCGCAAUGGGCUCCUCAAGAAGGCGGCGGAGCUUUCCAUCCUUUGUGAUGCUGAGGUUGGCCUCAUCAUCUUCUCCCCUCGUGGCAAACUCUCAGAGUUCUCCAGCUCAAGCAUGCAGGAAACAAUUAAACAUUAUGUGAGGCAAGCAAGGACCACCAACAAGGAACUCAAAGAUCCUGAACAGUAUAUCCAGCAAUGGAAGGUUGAAGUUGCAGAUAUGGCAAAGAAGAUUGAACUUCUGGAAUCAUACAGAUGGAAACUAUUGGGUGAGAAUUUGGAAUCAUGUUCAAUUGGUGAUUUGCAUGAAAUAGAAAAUCAGGUGGAGAGAAGUCUGACAACCAUCAGAGGAAGAAAGUAUCAAGUGCUAUCAGAACAAAUUGAACAACUGAAAGAAAAGGAGAAGACUCUCAGGGAGCGCAAUGAAGCAUUACUCCGAAGGGUGGAAUCCUCAUUUGAGGAGGAUGUGGAAAAAGAGAAAUGAAAGGCAAGAAAUGGAAGUAGAUACAGAGUUGGUCAUUGGAAGGCCAGGGAAGUAGGAAGCAGUAUAUGGUGAGGGAUUAAUUGAUUGCUGAACCUACUUUUGAAUUCUAGUUUAAGAACUAACUUCUACAUGAAUUUGAAGUACAUGUUUAGAAUAAUAAUAAUAUUAUUAUUAGUAUUAUUAUUAUUAUGUAUAUUUAGUAACUGUUUAUGACAAUACAAUGAAUGAUAAAAUUGUCAAGUUCUUGCUUAUA